CUAGAAUUGAAGCGCGGUACGUACUACUCGAAGACUUAUAAAGUCAGAGCUGAAAGUAAUGAAUGCUGAGAAAGAGAACAUGGAGGCAACCCAUUCCGAGGAAGAAGGUGAAGUAGUCUCAAAUGGCGUUGCACUGCCUUUGACGAUCGGGAAGCAGAGGAAGCUGCUGAUAUUGGAUAUUAAUGGCGUUCUUGCCCUUAUGCUUAGGUACCCGGUCUCCGGUGGUGUCACCUUUCCCGGCGGGUUGACGAUAGCAAAGCGACCCUUCUGUGAAGAUUUUCUGCAAUUCUGCUUGGAGAGGUUCGACGUGGGCAUUUGGACUUCUAGAGCCAAGGCAAAUUAUCUUGAUGAAGUUGUUGAUUAUUUAUUGGGGGAUAUGAAGAAAAAGUUGUUGUUUGUUUGGGAUAGAUCCUACUGUUCCCGAACAGGAUUUAUGACUCCCGAGAACAGGUACAUACCCUUAGUCUGUAAGGAGUUGAAGAAAAUUUGGGAGAAUGAGUGUCCCAACCAACCUUUUGUGGGAGGUUACUACAAUGAAUCAAACACGUUGUUAGUGGAUGAUUCUCCAUACAAGGCUGUGCUUAAUCCAGUUCACACCGCGAUCUUUCCUCAUUCCUACAAUGAAUCAACAAUGAUAAAUGAUCGAUCAUUAGGUCCGGGAGGUGAUCUUCGAGAAUAUUUAAAAGGGCUAGCAGAAGUUGAAGAUGUGAGAACUUAUGUGGAGGAUCACCCGUUUGGUCAAAAGCCCAUUGACUAUACACACUCCAAUUGGAAAGUUUACUCGGGAAAUAUCAGAGCUCUCUCUAACCGUUCAUGAUUAUUUACUGACCAUUUUGCCCUGCAUGGACCCUAAAGUAUUGGUUAAAUCCCAAUAAGCAUUUUGCCCAAGGGUAACUAGCAUAAAAUAAAAUUGGGCCAUAAGUUCUGUCCAAUCGAAGUUUCUUUAAGAUCCUAUUCCAGUCUUGGCACUAUUUUUCUAUGGUAUUUUUAUUUAUAUUUUGUGCAAGGAAAUGACCUCCAUCACUCGAUUUGCUUUUGUAGAUUUCCCUCUUGAAGAAACUAAGAUCUAUACAGUAUGUGUAUAUAUAUACAUAUUACU